GGAAUUUGUAUCUUUGUAUGUAACUAUCAUGACCCGUCACCAGUCACUAAGCCAAGCUUUAAAUAAUAAAUAAUAAAAUGCAACUACUUAAAUUUAAAAAUUUUGUUUCCAUAAAUUUCGUAAAAUCAGGUAUGACAUAAUAUAAUAUUGUAUACUAUUUUAAAAUGGAAAAAGAAACUCAGUCGUCAUCUACCAACGAACAAUCUGAAUUGGAAAAAUACAAAAAAAAUCUACACAAUUUAGUUGUUGCGUAUAAGAAGCUAACAUUAGAAAAAAAUGCUUUGGAGGAAACUCUAAAGACUUCUGCUAAGUUUGACAGAGAUGAUGCAUCUGAAACAGAUACGUCGGAGAUAUCAAAUGAUUCUCAUCAAUCUCGUUUUAUCAACCUUGUAAAUACAAUAGCUAAUUUACAACGAGAAAGAAAUGAAGCUGAAGAAAAAUCAGCAAUAGAAAAAAUUGUUUAUCAAAACGAAAAAUUAGAGCUUGAAAAAGCAGUUAAAGAAUUGAAUAAUAAAAUGGAUACAUUGAAGAAACUUCAACGAUUAGAAAUGGAAAAUAUCAAAGGUAAAUUUAAUAAGGAACGACUUCAACGAGAGAAAGAAUUUAAUGAUCAUGGUGUGAUGAUGAGAGAAUUACAAACGUUAUUAGCGGAAGAAAGAAGGCAAAAAGAACAGGCAGAAUCUUUAGCUGAACAAUUACAGAAAGAGGUAACGCACUUGCAAAGAGACAUUGAAAUAUUUAAGAAACAAGCUCAUGAUAUGGAAAUAGAAUUAAAUGAUAUCAAACAAAAAUUAAAAUAUAGAGAAGAAGAUACUUCUGGAAUGUUAGCACAAUUAAGACAGGAAGUUAAAGCAGUAAGACAGAAUCAUACAGUUGCUAUUUCUCAAGAGCAGCAAAGGGCAGCUGAAGCUGAAAAUCGUGCUAGAGAACUAGCAGUAGCACAUGAAAUUCGAGUAUCAAAUUUAGAGACUCGUUUAUCUGAAUUAUCUAACUCAAUUGGGGUUUAUGAUAAAAUUAGAAAUGAAGAUGAACAGACGAUAAAACAUUUGAAAGAACAAAUAAAGAAAUUAGAAAUUGAACAUAAAAAUGAUACCGAUUAUACAGUGUCCGAAAUAAUAGAGAAGUUUAAACAUUAUAAAAAUCUUUUAUUAAAUUUAGCUAAAACUUCUGAAGUUCCUCUAAAUAUUGAAGCAGAUGUCAUUUUGAAGGAUUUGGAUUACAAUAUUUCUAUAAAUGAUUCUAAAAGUAAUGAUAAUACAAAAAAGUAUGAGGAAAACAAAAUUACUAAAGAAAAAUCUCAUAAGCAAGACACCCAAGUAUUAUUAAAUCAAGUAAAAAAUUUGAAACAACAAGUCAACAUUUUACAAUCUGAACGUGACCAAUUGGAAAGGAUAUGUAAAGAAAAAAUAGAAGAAGAUACAGAAGCCAGCGCUAGUUGGAAAGAAAAGUAUAUGAAAAAUGAUUUAGAGUGGCGUAAGCGUACAUCUUAUUUGGAGCAACAGCUAUUAAGACAACGAGAUAAAGCCCAAGAAAUGGUGGCAGAUAAAGAACAAGAAUUAAAUUCUCUGCGAGAAUUAAUACAAUGUACGAAAACUAAUAGAAAAAUGUCUCAUUCAUCAACUGGCUCAAAAAAAGAAUUUCAGGAUUACAUAGAUGAGGAGUCAAAUAAAAAAGGAUCUCAUUUGCUUCAUUAUGCACAUGAAUUAGCUUUAAAAGACAUGGAGAUUUCUAAAUUCAGGAAAUCUAAAAGUAAAUUGGAAUCCAAGUAUAGGGAUUUACAAAAGAGUACAGCUGACAUGCAGCAACAAUAUGAAGGUGAUGUCGAUAGGUUAAAUCAACAAAUAAAAAGACUAGAAAUGUGCAAGUCCAGAGAAGGAGCUAACUUGGAAUAUUUAAAAAACGUUACUCUCAGUUAUUUUCUUACGGCCGAUGAUAAAAUUAGGAAGCAUAUGGUUAAUGCAAUAGCAGCUGUAUUAAAAUUCUCAGAUAACGAAACUGAAAAGGCUGUAAAAAGUUUAACAUUAAGCAAAUAGUAAUUUUGCAAAAAAAUCUGUGUUGUUGUGAGAAUUUUAAUUUGUUUUAUAAUUUUAGUUCAAUUUUAAAUGAAAACAAUUUCAAAUGUGAAAUAAAAUAAUUUAUUACAAAUUGAUUUACUAUUUUUUCAAACUAUACGUAUAUAUUAUGAAGAUA